GAAGAAGGAAGGAGGGAAGGAAAAAGGAGGUAAGGAAGGUAAGAAGGGGGGGGGAAUAAGGAAGGAGGAGUGAAGGAUGGAAGGAACAAAGGAAGAAGGAAGAACCAAAGAAAAGAAAGUGGGGAAAGAAGGAAGGAUAGAAGAAAAGAGGAGGGAAAGAAGGAAGGAAAGAAAGAAGGGGGGAAGGAAGGAAGGGACAUUUGAGCUAAGGAGGAAGAAGAAGCUGAGAAACACCUGGCUAUGGAAUGGGGGCAAAAGGGGCAGGAGGCAAGGCAGCACGCCCUUUGCGCUCCCUUUCCCGGGAUUGAUGGUCUGGAGCCGGAACCAGGGCGGGUCCUUCUCUCUCUCACCUGAGCCAGGUAUUAAGGCGCAGCCCAGACCAAGGAAGCGCUCUUUGGACUCGGGACCAGUUGGGUCUCAGCCGGUGCAUCCCUCGCUUUCUUCGCGACACCGCUCUAUGUCCUUUAGGAGCUUGAGAUGGCAAGACCCAGAGGAGGUCGCCUCCUUGGAAGGGGGUCCCGCCUCCCCAUGUGCCCGGGAUGAGGCUGGGCGCUCCAGCGGCGUCGGGAUAGAAAAGGAAGCGGGCGCCUCGAAGUCAGGACGGAGGGGAGACGUGGAACUUAUCAGAGGAGAGACACCGAUCAUCACGGGAGAUACAUGGAAGGAGGAGGAAGAGGAGAAGGAGGAGAACCCUGAAGACUUUGAGGAAUUUUUCCCCUGCACACAUUCUCCAAGCGAGAAUCGUGCAGUAAACAUCCAACCUGAAACAGUUUUGGACCCUCAAGGGGGAUACAAUAUGUACAGAUUCAACUGCACCAAGGUCGGUUCCUUCCGCUGCUGUAUUACUGAUCUGAUAUUUGAUGUGAGAGCACCUGUCACUCUCACCUACUACUUUGAUUCAUGGUCAAAGUAUCUCAAUGAAGAGAUUAGAAAACAGUGUGAUAUUGCUGGCCCUUUGCUCAACAUCCAGGCAGAUGCAAAGGAGGCUGUGGCAGCCGUCCAUUUUCCUCACUUCCUUUGUCUUAAAGGUGAAGACUGUCCUGAAAUCUAUCUGGCACAUUUUGUCGAAGAUGGCAUGAGCUUGGAGAAACCAGACUGGGUGGGACUAUAUCAUGUGGAAUUGAAAAAUCCUGCGUUCUCUCCUCGUGGAGCUGUUUUCAAGACAUGGUUUCAACGAAAGAUAAAAGUUCAUGCGAUGGCCUUAUUGUAUCAAGACCUUGGAGUCCAAAGCAUGAAAUUACACUUCUAUCUCCUUCCCAAUGACUCUUCCUUAAGAAAGGCUGUCCAUGAUCUUGAACUGAACUGUGCUUCACAGAGAAUUUGGAAACCACCUGAGACCAUGAAGGCUCUGAAGAUCGGCUCCCGCUUCUCUCUGCGAGAGAUGCCUGAUGUCACUGUCUGUCCAGAGUACUUGGAGUUUAAAUACCUACCUGCAGACAUGGAACAGCAGUACCUUGAAUUACAUUCAAAAGCUAUGAAAGAUGAACUUAGUAUUUUCCUGACUGAGAAGGACACAGAUGAAUUGGUCUGGAGGGCCAUCAUGAGAAAAGAGGACUUGCAUUCUACUGUUUCACCUCCCAUAGAAGAGGUGCCAGCACCAGUUCUAAUGGGCCACCAAAAGGGAGUGAUCCUUCGUGACCACGUUCUGGACAUCUUGGAGAACUUGAAGGAGGAGGAUUUCAGGAGGUUUAAGAGGAAACUCAAUGAAUUCCCAGUCAGAAAACCCUACAAGAACAUCCCCAAAGGACAGCUGGAGAAGGCGGACACACACGAACUCGUUGAUCUCCUGUGCGGAUACUACACUGAGAGUUACGCUGUUGAGGUGGCAGCCAGAGUGCUGGAGGAGAUUAACAUCAAAGACCAGGCAGAGAAGCUCUGGAAAUCCAUUGGGAUGCCCCCAUAUCUGCCCAAGAACACCUAGGGAUAGGCACCCAGCUCAGAGAUGCUGCUGCCCACAAACCAACUGAAGCUGUUGCAAAUAGUAAGAAGUAAGAAGUGAGUCUCUCCAAUCAUCUGGAAAUCAGGCUGCUUGGAUGGUGGCAGAGAAUGAUGUGCAGCUACUAGUCAGUUCACCUGUCCCCAAAGUCCAAGAUGCCACAACAUUCUCUAUUACUUAUUGUUGCAUAUUGCCUGACGCACCAGGGAUGCACUUCACUGAACAACACUAACAGGAACUGAUAGGAAGGACCAGCAAUGUAGAUGGAGUCUUGAAUAUGCUUUAUAGGGCUGUCCUGGAUUAUGAGCAAUCCCAAAAAACCAAUCCCAGGAAAAUCUACCUGGAUAAAAUGUAGGAGCUCUACAUCCUCCUGCUAAGCUGGAACUGGCUUUUGUUUUGUUUUUUUUUGUUUUUUUGCAAGGAUCUGCUUUAUGAGGCAUUGAAGUUCAAGCAGAAGUAUCUUCAUGAUGACCUUGAAGAUGGUGACAGAUGACCACACGAUGCCACAAAAAUACAACAACUGCAUGUACAGUGUGACUUCCACACUUUUGCUACUGAAGACUAACAACUAAACUCCAUACCUCUUCCUUUUUUGAAAAAAAAAUAUAAACUAGUACAAUAAUAAAAAACAUUAAAUUCACAA